AUGGCGGGCCCGGCUUCUUCGCUUCCCCCGGGGGUUUCGUCUCCGCUGACGGAGGACAAUGACUAUAACCACAAUGGCCUGAUUGUUAUCAUCACCUCUCUCUCUCUGUUUCUCAUUCUGGCCUCCCUGGGUAUUCGGCUAUUUGCAUCCUCAAAAAGAGGCCACAUCUUCAAGGAUGAUUAUGUUCUGUUCGUGGUCGCGGCAUGCGCCUGCGUUCAGGUCUCCCUCGUGCUAGUCCAAGUCCACUAUGGGUGGGGAAAGUCCGGAGAUCUUAUUUCGGCUGCGGACUAUGCCCCGAUGGAAAAGGCCGGAUAUGUAGCGGACCUGCUCUACGUUCUCGGUUUAGGACUUUCGAAAGCCUGUACAAUGAUAUUCUACCAGAACCUCUCUUUGCAGCGGACCAGAUGGAUGAUUAAUCUCGUUCUAUCUGCGUGUGCUGUAUGGGCAAUCGUCGCGAUGAUGUUGUUGGCCAUUCGAUGCAGCACAAGCCGUCCGUGGAGCGACAUCAACCGCGACUGCAGUGGCUUGUUCCCACGCUGGCAAGCCAUCUGCGCGCUGGAGAUUGUGCUCGAAACCAUGAUACUGUCUUAUCCUGCGAUAGCCAUCAGCAACGUCCAGAUUUCGUUGAGCAAGAAGCUCAAAGUUCUAGCUAUUCUUAGCUGCCGGGUCAUAUUGAUCCCCCUCUCCGCCAUCCACCUAUACUACAUCCACUGGCAGAUUCAGUCACCCAACCCCUCACUCAUUGGAACCUACGCCACGACUGUUGCAGAACUCCACCUCAGCGUCAGUGUUGUCCUCCUCACCCUGUCAUGUCUGAAAAUUUUCAUUGCUGUCUACGUAGAUGAUCAUGGUCUGGCAUACACGGAAGAUGCCUCAAAUCCGCAUAGCUACAGCGGGCGCACUCCCCCCAAAUCCUGGCAAUCAUGUCAACAGACAAAAGACCUCAGCUCAUUUGGGAGCGGAUGUAACGAAGAUGAACCGAUUCUGCGAACGGAAGCGUCAGUUUCCGCGUCAUCAGGCCAGCAUGCUAACAACGAUGGUACUUCAAUUCUGAAAAGCGUACAGAUAUCAGUGACGCGAGAGAACAUCGAGUUAGCCGAGAUUCAGGGGUCAUCGAAUCCUGGGAUGCCUCGACCUACAUAG